AUGGGGGAAAUGAAGCUUAUGAAUGGUAGUGUUAUAUACCUUAUAACAGCGACAACAUUAAUAAUCGUUUUGUCUUAUAUUUUUGGAGAUAUUUCUGAUUUAAUUAUUUAUGACGGUCAACAAUUUCUGCUUUUAUGGCAGUUAUUAGGACUUUCUCUUUCUGUCACAUUUCAUAUCUUCGAGACUAUAUCUCUUUGUAUUAUUAUUAUUAUCACACAUCACUUCCUUCAGUCUCAAAGAAGAAAAUUUGUUUUUGGUAUUUUUCUUAUAUCAACGUCAGCAGUCUUAACAGCAAUUACACUAUGUACAGGGAUAAAUGGAAGUAUAGAGUCUAUUGAUUGGAAAUUAUUGGACCAUUCUCAAAAAUUAAGUGUAGAGCAACAAGGACAAUGUUGUUUUAACUCAACCACUUUUGAUAGUGAAGAGUGUGGGUGUAUUUUAGAUGACCAAACUCAAUGUACCAAAUGUAAUUUUGAAGGAGGAAGAAAGUGUUUAUGGAUAUCAAUUCUAAUUGAUUCUAUAACAGUUGUUCUGCUUUUGUCGAUGGCUCUUUUGUCUUUGCUUCACAGACAAAUUAAUGAUAUUGUUAAUAAAAAUACUGUUGGAUAUGACCAACUGACUGAAUAA